AUGUCGCUUACUCCCUCCAACGCCAGGAUGAUGAGCCCUGCCAUCGGCACGGGCAUCAAGCUCAAUCCCUCGCCCUCACCAUUCCUCAAGCACACCCCGCUGCGCUCGCCCGUGAAGUCAAGCCGCACCGAAGCCAACCUUGCCCUGCGCCAGGUCAUUGGCACUACUACAAGCUCUGCCAAUGCCUUCGACAGCCUCCCGUCGGGGAAUUGUUUCGCAUACACGGCAGGCGCUGCAGCUGUCAUCGCUUCCAUUGACGAGGAGCAUAAUGUCUCUCAGCGCUUCUACCGCGCACGACCGACUACGAACCCAUUGAAUCCCUCUGCGUCGAUAUAUGGAGGGCCCUCCACGCCCACACAGAACGAAAGCCGCAACCGAACCGCGGCUUCUCUUCGCGAUGCUGGCGUAGGUGGUUCUCCGCUGGCAUCACCAGCUGCCAAUGACUGGGCGGAUUCACCCAGCAGUAGGGCAUGGACAUUGAAAGAGAAGAUCAAGGCAGCAACAUGUGUUAGCUUCAGUCCUGACGGGAAAUUUCUGGCUGUAGGAGAGACUGGCUACAAACCACGAGUACUCAUCUUCUCCACCUCACCAGACGCAUCCUCGGACACACCCCUGACCUCGCUCUCAGAUCAUACCUUUGGAGUGAACUGUGUAGCCUUCAGCCCUGAUUCUCGUUAUCUGGCCAGCUUGGGUUCCGUGAACGAUGGCUUUCUGUAUAUCUGGAGUAUCAACUCUCGCACGGGUGCGGCUUCGCUGUAUGCCAGCAAUAAAUGCGUCAGUAACAUCAAUCGCAUGGCCUGGAUGGGGAACAAGUUGAUCACCGUUGGCACCCGGCACGUCAAAGUCUGGAAACCCGACGAUUCAAACUCUACGCUGCGAGUCGCCAAGUCUCGUCAGAGCGAGCUAUCUCUCCUGUCGAGCUCCAUGCACAGGGCAUUACCAGGCAGAAACUGCAUCCUUGAGGGUCUGAAAGAUGGCACCUUCACGAGCGUCGUUGCUGUAGCACUUAACAAAGCAAUCGUGACUACAGACAAGGGAGAUGUUUGCCUUGUGGAUGAUUCGGAUUCGGAUCAGCGUUUCGUAAAGUUGAUGGAUGCUGGAUUUGCCGUCAGCGCCACAGCAGUUGAUGUCAAAGGGCGUCUCCACCUCGCGGGUAGUCAUGGAGGACUCAAGACGAUUGAUAUUAGCAACAUCAUUGGAUUGCUAACACCGCCGCCAUCCCCUCAGCCCCGCGUCGACUCGCCGACGGUUUCUGUAACGAAUUGUAACCAGGUUGGCGCGAUCGGUUGUCUCACCAACUAUAUUGUUACUGUGGACUCACAGCGCGCUAUUCGCUUAUCGCAUCUAUGCCCUGCCGACGAUGAAUCCAUCGUUGGCGACGGCAUCCACAUUUUGCCUGCGCACGGCGAUGCUGUGCUAGGAGUAGAGGCCGGUCUCUCACAGCCAAACAUUUUGAAUGCUUCUUACUACACAUGGGCUGCCGACGGGACCAUUAUCUUUUGGAGUCAGGGUACGUCCAAAGGUUCGCUCCAAGUGCCACUGGAGCAGAUCGAAGGCCCUGAUGCCAUUCCUAACGAGCUGAGGACGGUGCGUGCCUCGGCUGAUGGCAACUUUCUAGUUGCAGGGGACAAGCUGGGUGUGUUGAGGAUCAUCGACUGCAAAACGACCACGAGUGCAUUUGAGCUCAAGGCACACGCAAGCGAAAUUACCAGUAUUGCCAUACACGAGGAAGAAGACUUCUGCUUCGUCGCUUGCGCCAGCCGGGACCGUACUGUGCAGGUUUUUACACGGACAAAUGAGACCUGGGACCUUCUGCAGACGCUCGAUGAACACGUGGGAGCCGUCAACGGAGUAACCUUCUCUCAAAAUGGAACACGUUUGGUAUCAUCAUCCAGUGAUCGCAGCCUCGUGGUGCGCGAACUAGUCUCUCGUGAAGAAGAGCGUGGAACGAUCCGGGCGUUUGUGAUGUUGCGAGCGAUCAUGUUAAAGGCCUCUCCUGUGUCAAUGGCAUGGGACGUGGAUCAGAACGACGCUCUGCUCAUAUCAACGAUCGAUCGUCAAGUGCACAAGUAUGACACGCAAAAUGGCCAAUGUCUGAGCAAUUUCCGCUCAUGUGACACGGACGGAGGCGAUGCUGUGGUUUUGACCUCGUUGGUCCAUAUUCCACGCGGCUGGAGCUCUCCCUUGAUCGCUGGAGUAUCAAGCACAGACAAGUCGAUCCGAGUAUAUGACGAGAACGGCUCGUUGGUUGCUCGCGACUGGGGUCACACUGAGGGUGUCUCGGACAUUGCUCUAAUCCAAUCGUCCGGCACUGCUGACGGCGAGUCGAGCGAGAAGUCUCUCGUCACGGUUGCAGUAGACGGGACCAUGUUCGUCUGGGGCUUGGCUCUACAAGCGCAUAACCGCCAUGAUCUCUCCAAAUCAAUGGAUCUGCUGGGACCAAAUACACCGUCCAACAAAGACUUGCUGGCAAACAGGCCCCCUCUACGACGUGUGUUCUCACAGUCGGAACUAGCCCGAUUCCAGCGCUCAUCCGAGGAUGGAGAUGCUACACCUACCAGUACGCCGACCGGUGGCAGGUCACCCAAGCUCCGCAAGAGAGUGUCCAAGUUCUCCCUCGCCCAGACACCCAAGCUCGAUCCGUCGCCCAUGCAAGGCAAUGCACGAGAGGGCCGAACAGCAGUGUGGGGCCAAGGGACCGUUCGCAAGAACAAAAACCGCUCACCGUCACCGCCCAGCCCUCGCAACCCGCAGAUUGCCAAGAGACGCGCGUCCAUGGACGUACGGGCUCGUGCAAAGGCUCCAACGAGCGAGUUUGGCACAAUCGGUGCCUCGACCGAGAGUCUCUGUAGAACCCUUCGCGCCUACCGAAAGCGCCUCGCGAAUAGCUCCGAAACCCUCAACUCGGACCUGGCGAGAGAAGUCGAGCGAGAGCUUGCAGCGACGGCGCGAGUGAUUGGUGAACGCGUCAAGUCCAAAGAGCUUGACGAGACGGUCAUAGUCAAGCUUCUCGAUCAGUACUCGGAAAGACUGGUCAACAUGCUCGACGAUAAGAUUGCCGCGAGCGUCGCCCAGCGUGUUCGCGAGAACAGCGUGGGCAACUUCUCAGAAGGCGCAGAGUCGCCUGUCUCAGGGCGCGAUCCGCAACGAGCGAGAGGAGGUAGCAGCUCGGGCAUGGUCAGCCCUUGUACGCAAGAAGCGCCUGUUGACGCGCUCGUCUUGGAGACUACGGAGAAACUGGUGAUUGAGUAA